UGAAAAAGAUACCCUGAACUCAGCAACUACAUAACAUCUCCCCACUCCCGAGACCUGGAACUGUGUCAAGUCCAAAGCCUCGGGGCGAACACUUACCAUGCAGUUUUUGACUGCAGUAAGUCCACAGUCCUUCUCUACCCCGAGCUGGAAGGUCGAGACAAAGUACUCAACCCGAGUGCUCACUGGAAACUGGGUGGAAGAGAGGAGGAAGUUCACCAAAGCCACUGAGAAAACACCUCAGUGCAUUUACAGAAAAGAAUAUGUCCCCUUCCCGGACCACAGACCAGACCAGAUCUCCAGGUGGUACGGCAAGAGGAGAAUUGAGGGCCUCCCGUACAAACACCUGAUGACGCACCACCAGGAGCCCCCCCACCGCCAUCUGAUCAGCACCUACGACGACCACUACAACCGGCACAGUUACAACCCGGGCCUGCCCCCACGUCGCUCCUGGAGUGGACACAAGCUGCUGUGGCUCCCAGAGAAAUCGGACUUCCCCCUUCUUGCUCCCCCUACAAACUAUGGACUCUAUGAGCAGCUGCGGUGGAGAUGGCUGGCACCCAAGGCUGCCCCGAGGGAGAGCAUUUACACCUCGUCCUACCCCAGACCACCACGGCAUGCUUUGUCCCGGCGCGAGCAUGCCAUCCCUGUCCCUCCCCCUCGUCUGCACCCUGUCCCGCGCUUCUGA